ACUGUCCCGAGAGGGAGCGAGAGAGAGAGAGAGAGGGUGCACGAGCUACUGGAGAGAUGAGAUCAGGGAUUUAAGAGUGCACAAAAUUACAUACACACGUGUACUUCAUGUUAUGCAAGAGCCUUGACUGCCUCACUGUAUGCUGUAGGAUAACAGUAGCAGUGAGCGGACAGGCAGAGCAGAUGCUGUGUACAUACACAGGGAAGCCCACGCUUAAUACAGCAGGAGAAACAGAGAAGAAUCUGACAUUUCUAGGAGCUAUGGGCAUUAGCUUGGAUGUACUAAGCUUGGAUGAGCUUGGAUACCUCAAGGAAAAGGAGCUAUUUGCAAGAUUCCUUCUUGUUGCACUAUGAAUGGAUUAUUAUCAGCAAUGUUGAGCAUGCUACUCGGGGUAUUGUGAUCACCUCAGGACAAAUCUGCUGUUUUGAUCCUUGUCCCGUGGCCCCUGGAGGACCUUCAUCAUGACAUCAGCGUGGUCCGUGAUGUGGGUUGUGUGUGGACUGAUUGUGUGGUUUCCCCACACUCACGCAGCCUCAGUGAGCCCCAAUCUGCUCAUGACCACCUCUGAUCCAAGCACUGAUGAACAACCAAUCAAUCCAGAGCAUCCGACUGAACCUACAGAUCCACCCAGCAACAACACAGCCUCCGUGAGCCCCAAUCUGCUCAUGCCAACCUCUGAUUCAACGACUGACGAGCAACCAAUCAAUCCAGAACAUCAGACUGAACCUACAGAUAUUUUCAGCAACAAUGAUACAGCAGCCUCAGUGAGUUUCAUUCUGCUCAUGACCACUUCUGAUGCAACAACUGAAGCACAAUCAACCACUCCAAAACUUCUGAAUGACUCUACAGAUCCACCCAGCAGCAACAACACAGGACUUGCAUGUAUUUCUGUGCUUCCCCCACGACGGGGAUCAUACUACGUGGAGCUCGGCACAGGGGUGUCUGUGGGCUCCAUGCUUGUGUUCUGGUGUAAGGAGGGCUACCAGCUGGUUGGCCAUGAGAAAAUCACAUGCAUCCUACGUGCAGGCGUCCCUCGAUGGAGCAGCAACCUGCCAGUCUGUGAGAGUAUUCCUCGGCCAAAUGACCAGGGACUUCGCAUUGCUUUACUGGUGUCUGUUGUGAGUGGGGUGGUCAUUCUUGUCAUGACAGUCUGCUUCAUUGUCUGUUGUUGUCAAGAGCGCAUGAGCAAAAAGAAGGAAAAGCAUCGGAUGGGGAGAAGCAGGAGAAGAGAAACACGGAGCUCUAGGUCUCGGAGGAGCCCGUCCUGGUUGGAGAGAGAGCAUAUAGACUGGGAGGCAUUCCCUCCACCUAAACUUUUCAGCUUGUCCCAGCGUCUUGACCGACCGCUGCCUCCUGGUAGUCCCGUUUAUUCAGAGGCCGUCAGAGCCUAUGAAAACAGAGGGUAUGAGAGGAGUCAGGAGAGUCUGCUGAGAAGCUCCCAUAGCACAAACCCUACACACCACGCCAACAGCCAAAUCUACCCGGCCCUUGUUUUCCAAAGGGUUCAAACUGAGCCAAACCCCUCCACCUCUUCUACCACCCCAGUUUACGUACAGAUUUCUACACCUCCCAAAAACAAGACCCCACAGGCUGCUACCGUCACCCACCCAUAGACUUGUCUCAACAGGAAUACAAACAGUAGUCAUUUUUCUCAUCAGCAGCACCGAAUGUGGCCAAGACAGUACAGACAGCACAGAUGUGCGGGCAGAUUUAACUGGUUGGUAUAACCAGAAGCACUUUGAUAUUUUUCAUGUUGAUGAUGUCUUUUAGUAUUUGCUAUAUUGUAACUAUAUUCAAUUUUGAGGUGGACCUGGUUUUUCCUGUCAGUUCUUUGAUAACACUAAAGAUACAUAAAUCAACCUAACUGUAUAUAGUAGUUUUGAUGAUAUUGCAGUGUAUGAACAUAAAAUGAAACCAAAAUAUUUUUGUUUUGCACACUUUGGUGGUCACAUACCACCCAUUUUCAUUAUAUUGCAUUCAUAAUGUGUUGUAAAACAGCAAUAUAUACUCUUAGUUAGAAUGAGCCAUUUGUAACCUAACUGU